AUGACUUGGCAACUGAGAAGAGUUGUUAUAAAAUGUUGUGUUUCUGAUGUGAGUAUCUUGCUUUCCGAUCUCAUCGAGAUACACGAUCCCUUAAUUCCUAUCACCGUCAAGAAACAUCUGACAAACAAAACCAGGCUUGCAUUCACUAUGAUCAAUAGGAUUGAAGGUGUUUUGGAGUUCUCAGUACUUUCGAAACAAGGGGGAGAACAUAUAAAAGGUCAAUUUGCGAAAGAACCCCAGAAAACUGUUGGAACUUCUGGUGAAACUGAAAAGCCAAAAACAAUGAACGAACCAAAGGGUAAUGAAGCUUUGGAUUUUAAAGGCAAAGGGAAGUUGAUUGAUGGCGGUGAUGAAGAAGAACCUGAGGAACAUGAUUUAAAACAAAAGAAAGGCUCGUGA